CGCCUUUCAGCGACAACGUAAAAAAUAAAAAAUAAAAGAAAAUAACCACUCUCAUAGAACUUGUCUCUCUGGUAUCUUCUUUCCCUCUUUCUCCAAUGGAUUCACCGUCUUCAGCAAAACGAUCGGAGAAAUCGAGAAUCGAGAAAUUCGUGCGGAGAGUAAUAUCGCCGGCAGUCGUCGGCAAAACGUGUCCGAUAUGCUUGAGAAACCUCGACGUCCGCGGAGCAGCGGUUCUCACGGUUUGUUCCCACGCUUACUGCUUGGGAUGCAUUCGCAAGUGGAGCGAUUUGAAGAGGAAGUGCCCUCUCUGCAAUUCCACCUUCGAUUCUUGGUUCUACAAGAUCGACCUCUCCUCUCGAAAAUUCUUCAAAGAGCAAGUACCAGCUCUCUCCGGGGGCAAACCGGUCAUUCAUCGACCUCGGUCCACCUUAAUUGACCGUCGACGGAUUAUUGAAAGAACAAGGGAAGAGAUGAACAGUGUUAACUGGAGAACCAGACCAUUGCCCUGGCGGCGAUCAUUUGGGCGGCCUGGGACCGUGCCGCCCCAUGUUAUCGAAGAAAGGAAGCUUCAAUGGCGUGCCAGUGUUUAUAAACGACGGUUGCAAGCUCUGCCUGUAUCUCCUGGGACUAGUUCUCAGCAGAAUGUACCUAGGAAUGAUUGUGAGGAAGAGAGAAUACUGCUGAGAAUAAAACCAUGGAUACGAAGGGAGCUUGAGGCUAUCCUUGGAGAUCCCGAUCCAUCAAUCAUUCUCCAUGUUGUAUCCUCGCUUUUCUUUUCAAGGCAUGAAGGAAAGUAUGAUGGCUCGUCCGGGCUGCUUCUUGUUGAAGACGACUUUCUGGCUCCUUUGAAGCCUUUCUUGCACAAUUGGACCAACAUGUUUUGGCAUGAACUUAGUUGUUUUGCAGAGAGUUCAUUUACCAUUGAAACAUAUGAUGCAGUAGUUGAGUAUAGACAGUUGGAGUAGUUGCUUAAUGAAGUUGCAUUUGACUUUAACCGAUCUCUCAUCCUGCACUUUUUUCCACAUGUUGGCUUGCCAUAUCCAUGGCUUGAGACAUCAGUUCCUUCAGAGCUUGCUAGAGGAUAGUCAGUUGCCUAUUGCUUGGGACUUCGCUUGACCUUCCCAAGUGGUAUCUCCAAUGGUCCAGUGACGGCUGCACUAUCAUUUGCAUAAGCAAUCAUGUAACAUGAUCAGCUUAGUGAGUGGGGUAAAUCAAGGUUCUAAAGCUAUGACUUACCUGAGAGCAAAAAUGCUUGUUACAGUCAUUUUGCUUGAAGGUUGACAGAAGAACCCAGAAGCACGAGCGAAGCAGAUGAUAAGGUUUGUCAAUUUGACUGGUGCUGGUUUAGCAGAGCAGAUUAAGCGUAUUGGUCCAAGAUAGGGACAGGCUUGGGGCCAACCAAUAAACUGUUACUAUAAUACAUAUACGGAAUAUCUUGCAAAUGUUUUCUUGGUACAAUUUAUUAGCAUAUUUCGAUUUUCUAUU